AUACACCUCAGAUAGGAAAAUAGACAAAGAGGGCUGGUGGGUAAAUUGAGUAAAAUAAGAGUUUGACGGCCGCAUCCCUCACCGUACGUUGUUUCAGAAAGAGCUGUUUACGUUAGUUAACAUAAAAGGAAGCAUGAAAUUGAAAGUGUAGGUUCUGGAGAUAAGGCCAUGGAGCAUCCGGUGAUUACUUAAAAAAAGUCAUCUUUGAACAUUUCUCCCACUGAAGAGGUUAAGUGGUACGUGUUUAAGGACGUCAGCGAUUCUUUUAAGCUGGCGAUGUCACGGGUUCCCACCCCUCCUCCACCUGGGGAGAUGUCAAGUGGACCUGUGGCAGAAAGCUGGUGUUACACACAGGUCAAAGUGGUGAAGUUUUCCUAUAUGUGGACCAUCAACAAUUUCAGUUUUUGUAGAGAAGAGAUGGGGGAGGUGUUGAAAAGCUCAACAUUCUCCUCUGGUCCUAAUGACAAGAUGAAAUGGUGUCUACGAGUCAAUCCAAAGGGACUUGACGAUGAAAGCAAAGAUUAUCUGUCACUGUAUUUACUACUUGUUAGUUGUCCAAAAAGUGAAGUCAGAGCAAAGUUCAAAUUUUCCUUAUUGAAUGCUAAAAGGGAGGAGACAAAAGCAAUGGAAAGCCAAAGAGCAUAUCGAUUUGUCCAAGGCAAAGACUGGGGCUUCAAAAAAUUCAUAAGGAGAGAUUUCCUGCUUGAUGAAGCCAAUGGACUAUUACCAGAUGACAAACUCACGCUAUUUUGUGAGGUGAGCGUCGUCCAGGAUUCUGUAAACAUUUCUGGCCAGUCCAACAUGAACAUGCUGAAGGUUCCGGAAUGUCAACUGUCUGACGACCUGGGGAACCUGUGGGAGUGCUCACGCUUCACCGACUGCAGCCUCUACGUGGGAGGGCAGGAGUUCAAAGCUCACAAAUCCAUCCUGGCAGCGAGGUCGCCGGUCUUUAAUGCCAUGUUUGAACAUGAAAUGGAAGAGAGUAAAAAGAACCGUGUCGACAUCAGUGACGUGGACCCAGAUGUCUUCAAAGAAAUGAUGGGCUUUAUCUACACGGGCAAGGCUCCAAAUCUGGAUAAAAUGGCAGACAACUUGUUGGCAGCUGCAGAUAAAUAUGCUCUGGAGCGUUUAAAGGUCAUGUGUGAAGAGGCCUUGUGCAACAGCCUCUCAGUGGAGAACGUGGCCGACACCCUCAUCCUAGCAGACUUGCACAGUGCCGAGCAGCUCAAAGCACAAGCCAUAGAUUUUAUCAACAGGUGCAGUGUCCUGAGACAGCUGGGCUGUAAAGAUGGGAAGAACUGGAAUAGCAACCACGCCACAGAUAUAAUGGAGACUGCAGGCUGGAAGUCAAUGAUCCAAUCCCACCCUCACUUAGUAGCAGAGGCCUUCCGUGCCCUGGCUUCAGCACAAUGCCCACCCUUUGGUCUGCCCAGGAAACGUCUAAAACAGUCCUGACUGCCCCACUGUGCCCUAAGACUUGAAGCAUGGGUUUACAAAAGAAGGACUAGAAAGAGUACCGCUCUAUUUCAACCAAUACCCAACCUUCAUGAGCAGAAGAAGAGGGGGACUUCAUGGCUGGGGAAGAUGGGAGCCUGGCAUGUGGCCAACUGACAUCAUUGGAUGGGAAAAAUUUGUUCAAUUGGUGUUGUCCGCUUGCCUUGCUGCCUGAACUGACUUCAGUCCAGGUAGUAAGUCAAGUUCUCUGCUAUGUUUUCCUGUAAUUUUCAAAAUGGCCUUAAUAUAUCUGCCAUUGCUCUGGAGCUGCUCUAGAGUACUUUGUCUAUUUUACUCUGUGCCUGCCUUGUCACAAAGACCAGGCCUCCUCCAGAUUGCACUAGUUCCCAUGAAAAUAGUCAUUUUGAUAUGGAGUUCUAUAGGAACGCAACAAGGGUUUGAUUAAAUGGGAAAUAUAUAUUUGUAAUGUUUAGCCCAUUUUGUGACUAGACAUUAAAAAAAGUGUGAACACUUUCAGUGCAAGGUCAAUUCUCUACACUUUUUAAGAGUAUGCCCCAUAUUGAUGGCACCAUUUAUACGUAAAUGACAGUUAAACCAUCUUCAGAAGACCGGUGUUCAAGAAAGUGUGUUCUAUUCCAUAAUUGUGGGGAAAAUAAUCUGGUGUUUUAAAGACGCUGUGCUGGUUGCCAUUUUAAAUGUAAGGCAGAAAAGCAAUGUCUAUACUCUGGCCCUAACCUAAUAAAAAAACUUAUUGGUAGAAUAGGGAAGUAUAUAUCCCGUCUCCCAUUUGAUUGACAUAUUCCACAACAUGAGUCUGAGCUGUUAUAGAUUUCAAUUUUGAGAUUUUAGCUUUCCAUAGUACUACCAACUUGCAAGUAAUAUAUAUUCUCAAUAUAUUGUGGUUAACAAAAAGUGGAGAGACUAAUGCAUGGUCCUGUGCUGUUGAAAAGGAAGUGUCCAAGUACCAAUUUUGUUUUAACAAGUUAUUUUCUGCAGUUAUCUAAAGAAUAUCUGUGCAGAAUUAAAUGAUCGAGUACAAUUGAGUUUGCGCGAAAAUUUCUCCAACACGCUUGGAUUUGUAUAGGAUGCUGAGCAUCACUUCCAUCGACAAUGUUACUCUGUAUAGGAAUGGGGGGGGGUCACAUGUUGAUUCAGUUUGUUUAUGUUGUGUGGUAUGACAGAAGCUUUGGAGUAUUUUGUAAAUUAAGAGUGGCGUCAUUUCUAAAUGAUGCUGCUCAUCAUUCAGUGUCAUGUUGAUGUUGAAAAAUUUUCUUUAGAAGUUAAAAAAAAAUAUGAAGUUGUCUCCAAGAAUGCCUGCAUUAACCCAUUAAAACAU